AUGGCACCGCUGCGGGGGGCCGGGGAGGUGCGUGAAGAGCGGGCCGGGGCCCCCGCGGCCAGCCCGGGGCUGCGGCGCUUCACCUGGGAGGAGAUCCGGGAGCGGAGCGGGCGGGGGUCGCCGCCGCAGGAGCGCUGGCUGGUGAUCGAGAGGAAGGUGUACGACAUCAGCCACUUCUACCGCCGGCAUCCCGGGGGGGCCCGGCUCAUCGGCAGCCACGCCGGGCAGGACGCCACGGACGCCUUUGUAGCAUUCCAUGUUGACAAGGUGCUGGUGAGCAAAUACUUGAAGUCGCUGCAGAUUGGGGAGCUGGCACCAGAUCAACCCAGUAUUGAGCCCACUAAAAAUAAAAUGCUGGUGAAAGACUUCCGUGAAUUGCGUGCUACUGUUGAGAAAAUGGGACUUCUGGAGCCAAAUCAACUCUUCUUCUUCCUGCACCUCGCUCACAUCCUCCUGUUGGAUACUGCUGCUUGGCUCAUUCUCUUCUACUUUGGGACAUCCUUAAUGCCCUUUAUUGUCUCUCUGGUGGUGCUGACCAUUUCCCAGGUCCAGGCUUCAUGGUUACAACACGAUUUAGGACAUCUUUCAGUAUUCAGGAAGACCAAAUGGAACCACUUGCUGCAUAAGUUUGUGAUGUGCCAUUUGAUUGGGGCAUCAGCCAAAUGGUGGACUCUCCUGCACUCCCGGCACCAUGCCAAACCCAACUGCUUCCGGAAAGAUCCUGACAUUGAUAUGCACCCUUUCUUGUUUACUUUGGGGAAGAAAUUCUCUGUGGAGCUCGGGAUCAAAAAGAAAAAAUACAUGCCAUACAAUCACCAACACAAAUACUUCUUCAUCACUCUUCCUCCGCUCCUGUUUCCCACCUACUUCCACUGCCACACGUUUUAUAUUGCAUACACCAAAAGGUACUGGGCGGACUUGGCCUGGAUGCUGACCUUCUAUAUCAGAUUCUUUUUUACUUAUGGAUCAUUACUAGAAGUAAAGAGUCUCCUCGCGUAUUACUUUAUAUUCAGGAUGCUCGAGAGCAGCUGGUUUGUCUGGGUUUCACAGAUGAACCAUAUCCCUAUGGAUAUUUACUACGACAACAAUUUGGACUGGGUGUCUACUCAGCUCCAGGCAACAUGCAAUGUUGAGCAGUCUCCGUUCAAUGACUGGUUUACUGGGCAUCUGAACUUCCAGAUAGAACAUCACCUAUUCCCCACCAUGCCAAGACACAACUACUGGAAGGUGGCUCCUCUGGUGAAGUCCUUGUGUGCCAAACACGGCCUGGAGUACCAGUGUAAGCCGUUGCUCACGGCUUUUGCAGACAUUGUGCACUCUCUGAAGAAUUCAGGAGAGCUCUGGCUUGAUGCCUACCUGCACAAAUAA